AUGCCAGAUUUUUUGAUUCUUUUGAAUAAUAUGGUAUUAAACUCGAUGUAUACCUUGAACCUUAAAUCAGGAAAGUUAUUAGGUAGCAACCCGUCUACUCCAGAUAGACGUCAUAUUGAAGAAAAUGUUACAUUGUCAUUGAACACACUUCAUUUGAUCAAUCAAUAUAUUGAUUCAAUUAGUCUUGGAUUUGAAAUUAUAAAACCACUUCAAGUGUUUUAUACUAGUAAAGAUUUCUUGGAAGGCAUUGUUGAGUUAUUGGGGUAUUUGAGGUUAUCAUUACACUGGGAUAAUAUAGAUGUACAGAAAUCAAUGCGAUCUACAUAUGACAAGCUUAUUAAAGUCAUUGCCAAUUUUUACAUUGCCAACUUAUCCAAUGACAAUUUUUUGCAAAGUUUUGACAAGUUAAGUGAUUUCACCAAGAAGUUAUUACUAGACCUUGUGUUUCCAAAUUUAUUAGAACAUAUCAAUCAAUUCAUAACCAUUUCAAAUUUUGUAUUUAAUGAAAAAAAAUUCUUCAAUAAUACUAUUCAAUUAUUACACCAUUACAAUGAGGAAUUAUUGAGACAGAAGUAUUACGUUUCAACGGAAAAUUUUGAUACAUUUUUAGUUUGUGCUAUUUCAAUUAGUGAUAUUGGAAUUGGCCAUGCUAUGGGUUACCUUAGAAGAAUACUUGGUGAUAAUAUCGUAAUCAAGUUCCUUCGUUGUGCUUUUGAUAUUGAAAUUCUGUUUGAAGAAUGUCUGGAUAAUUUGAAUACGAUUUUGAAAGAACUAUUGUACCGACAAACCACAACUAUGAGCAAAGAUGUGAUUAGUAAUGACCAAUUGAUGUGCAUAAUUACCUUGUUACUCGGACUUGUGCUUACUACUGGACCCAAUGACGAAGUUCUAAAUCCUGAAUUGCCUUUUAAUUUCUUGAGAACGUUUUAUUUGAUGAGACAGGAUGAAAUACCGGGAAUUAUCAAUCAUAUGAACUAUGAUAAGAACUUGAUGUUAGAUUUUUUCAACAAUCUAGUCACCAAGAAUGAUAGUGAAACAUUAAUGAGAUUGCAAAAAUACCCGCCAUUUGUGAAAAGUAUAAUCAAAGAAUCAAAUCACUUAAAGGAAAUUUACAAUAAAACUGAUUAUCAAAAAGUGUCAAGUAUGAUAACAGUAACACUACACAAUGGCGGUAAGUUAGGACAAAUGAAUAACAUCUACAUAAAAAGUUUUGAAAAAGAUUGUGAACUGAUGAAAAACCAGAUUAUGAAUACUGAGUUGGUAAAGUUUAACAGAUUGGUGCAAGAUAAUGAAGAAAACAUUAAACAUGCAAUUUCAACAUAUCAUGGGUUAAAAACUGAGAUUUCCAGAUUGUUUAAUGGAAAUGACAUUCAGCAUAAGAAUUAUGUGCUUGAUUAUAUUGAAAAUGUUGAUCGUAUGAGAAGAAGAUUGGUGGUUGAAGAUCAGAUACCAGAAUCUGAAAAGCUAACAUAUAACAUUGAUAUUCCAUUGAAGAAAAUUGGUUCUUUUACAGAUGUAAGUUUUAUUCGUGAGUAUGAUUAUGCGAUAAGUGCAACUGGGAUUGAUACUUUGAGUAUUUCUAACGAUGACGUUCACAAUGGUGAUGAAACGUUUGAGAUAAUUGACAGUAACGACGAAACAAUUGAAGAAUCUGAGCAUAAUAAUGUGUUUGAGGAUAAGAAUAGAAAGGUUAGUCGAAGCUUGUUUUUUGGUGAUCAGAUUGUUACAAUUUGGAAUAUCAGUCAGGUCAAUGGAUUAGUACCUGCUGAAAGUUUGAUGAUACUUGGUUCGAGUCAUUUGUAUUUGAUUGAGAACUACAUUCUUAGCAAAGACGGCAAUGUUAUUGACGUUGAUGAUGCACCAGAUGAGUUAAGAGAUCCUAUUUUACAGUUAGUUAACUCCCAAUCGAAUAAUAUCUUGAAGAAUGAGAACAAAUUACACAGAAGUAAGAAUUGGGGAUUAGACAAGUUAAGCUGUAUUUCCAAGAGACAAUUUUUAUUGAGAGACAUUGCGUUAGAGAUGUUUUUUACGGACGGUGCAAGUAUUUUAAUCACUUGUAUGUCAACUAGAGAUAGAGAUAAUAUUUAUUCUAAAUUGUCUUCGUUUGCUUCGGGAAAAGGUGUGGAUUAUGAUUUAAUUCAGACACUACAAUCAUCCAGUGCAAAUGCAUAUUAUACUGGUGGAUCAUCAUCGUCAUCAUCAUCAUCCUCUUCAUUCCUUUCAUCCAAAUUGGUAUCUGCUCUUUCUCAGAGUGGACUUUCAAGCAGUAUAUCAUUUCUUGAAGCGACCAAGAAAUGGAGGCAGGGUGAAAUGUCUAAUUUCUAUUAUUUGAUGAUUAUAAAUACAUUAGCAGGAAGGACGUUUAAUGAUUUAUCGCAGUAUCCAGUUUUCCCUUGGGUUAUUGCUGAUUACACCAGUGAAACAUUAGAUUUAUCAGAUCCAAGAACUUUUAGAGACUUAUCUAAGCCAAUGGGCGCACAAACUCCGAAUAGAGCGAAUAAAUUUCAAGAACGAUUUGAGGCUUUGGAUAGUUUGAAUGAUCACGAUGCACCUGCAUUCCAUUAUGGUACGCAUUAUUCGUCGGCAAUGAUUGUCACUUCGUUUUUAAUUAGACUUAAACCAUAUGUUCAGUCUUAUUUGUUGUUACAAGGUGGUAAAUUUGAUCAUGCUGAUCGAUUAUUUAAUUCGGUAGAGAAGGCUUGGUUAUCAGCUUCAAGAGAUAAUACUACUGAUGUAAGAGAAUUGACUCCUGAAUUUUAUUAUCUUCCUGAAUUUUUAGUAAACUCAAACAAUUUUGAAUUUGGUAAAUUGCAAAGUGGAGAGUCUUCAAAUGAUGUGAAAUUACCACCAUGGGCCAAUGGUGAUCCUAAGGUUUUCAUAGCCAAAAAUAGAGAAGCUUUGGAGAGUUCUUAUGUGUCAGCCAACUUGCAUUUAUGGAUUGAUUUGAUAUUUGGAUACAAACAGAAUGGUGAAGAAGCUGUCAAGGCAUUGAAUGUUUUCCAUCACUUGUCUUACAACGGAGCUAUUAAUUUGGAUAAUAUUAGUGAUGAAACAGAAAAACGUGCUGUCAUUGGUAUGAUUAACAAUUUUGGACAAACUCCAAGUAAAUUAUUCACCAAGCCACAUCCAAUGAAAGAUGUACUUAACUUGCCGAAUUAUUACUUGACAUUGUUUGAUUCGGGAGCAACUAAUUUAAAAACAGCAUUUGAAUCGAAAAUGAAAGCCCCAAUUGUAAAAUUGGAGAUGAGUUCAAAAAAUGCCAAAAGAUGGGUUGGUAGACAAAACUGUAUUUCAUGUGAAGAUGAUUUAUUGAUUAGAAAAUCUAAUAAAUUGAAAUAUGAAAGUGGUUCAUUGUUGAUCAAUGAUCUGUUAUUUUUGAAUUUACACAGCGGUAAUAUAACUGCAUUAUUGCAAUUGGGUCAUAAAUUGUUUGUCACUGGUGCUUCUGAUGGAAUAAUGAAUGUUUGGAAAUGUAAUCUCCGACCAACGACAAGUUUAGUUAGCAUGGCUAUAUUAAGAGGACAUUUGACAAGUAUCUUGAAGAUUGUUUUUAGCAAGAGCUUCAAAUUUGGUGCAAGUAUAGAUAGAGAUGGUUAUGUUAUAAUAUGGGAUUUCAUUAGGUUUCAAUUUGUUCGAAAGUGGUCACCUCCAUUAGAAUAUACUUCUAACCUGGGCAAGCCAUCGUCUUUGUUGGCUGUUUCAAAUGAUUCCGGAAAUUUUGCAACUGUGCAUUUUAUUGAAAACAGGGUUAUAUUACGGUUAUUUAGUGUUAAUGGAGAAUUGAUAAUCACAAAAGAAAUUGAGUAUACUGAAGACAAUCCAAUUACAGCAAUUUCAUUUGCAAAUACCAACACCACUAUGGUUGAUACAGACAGAACACUUAAUCAUAAUAGACAUAUUUACUGGUCAAAUGAAAUUUUUUCAAUUACUAGAAAGAAAAUGGUUGAAAUUUGGGAGUUGGUUCAUGAUAAUAAAGAUUGGGCAUUCAGAAAUAUGGAUCAAAUUGAUUUGACAGAUAAAAUUGCUGGCGAUAUCACGGCCAUUGAACUAUUCAAAUGUUCUGAAGUUGAUCAUGAUGAUAAAUUGAUCAGAGGUGAAUUGAAAUUGAUUAUCGGUGAUUCUGUAGGGAAAGUAUAUACUUUAUAA